GAGUCGCGUGCUGAUCUGGCUCAAUCGGAGCAGCGAGUACGUCGUCUGGCCGAGCAUCUUUCUUUCCAGUUGCCCGAGGCUGCGCAAAGCCGUAGCCCACAGACCCUCGACGUGGACAGACUCCUCCAGACCUUCGACGCUCUCGCCUCGACAAGUCAGGCGUUCCGACGAGCCUCGGACACCGGCGUCUCAGUUCGCGACCCCGAACGGGCCGGCUCGUUGUCAGCCUCCGGCGUCGUCGACGCUCGACCGGCCGGCGACGGCGUGUACGGCGGCGUCUGGUGGCGAGGCCGGAGUCGUGGGGAAGUCGAGCUUCGCUUGGCCGAACUCGAGACCCAACUGGCCGAAGCCUCGGCCGAAUUGGCCGAAACCGGGCAGGCCAGACUGCGAGCCGAUCUGGCGCUGGAGAGGCUGCGCGCCGAGGCCG